UGACAUCAGCUUUUGGGGAUGGAGGACGCAGACAGCAGCUGGGCACUAGAGCUCACCCCCCCGUGCAUGAUGCCCGAGGUGAAUGGGAACGACAGCGAUCAGGUGUUUGAGGUGGCGCUGCAGAACGGCUCCUCCAAGCGCAGCUCCCAGUUUGUGGGUGUGGAGCUGCUGCAGUCCUUCAAGCUGCUCAUCAUCCCCUGCUACACCCUGGUGGCUCUGGUGGGCGUCUUCGGCAACUACCUGCUCCUCUACGUCAUCUGCCGCACCCGCAAGAUGCACAACGUCACCAACUUCUUCAUCGGAAACCUGGCCUUCUCCGACAUGCUGAUGUGCGCCACAUGUGUCCCCUUCACGCUGGCCUACGCCUUCAACCCACACGGCUGGGUGUUUGGUCGCUUCAUGUGCUACCUGGUGUACCUCAUCCAGCCGGUGACGGUGUACGUGUCCGUCUUCACUCUCACUGCCAUCGGUGUGGACAGAUACUAUGCCACGGUUCAUCCUCUGAAAAAGCGGAUCUCAGUCUUGGCGUGCACCUACCUUCUGUCUGGGAUCUGGCUGCUGUCCUGCGGCCUCGUGGCUCCCGCUGUGGCUCACACCUACCACGUGGAGUUUAAGAACGAGGGCUUCACCAUCUGCGAGGAGUUCUGGAUGGGCCAGGAGAGGGAGCGGCUGGCCUACGCGUACAGCACUCUCUUCAUCACCUAUGUCCUGCCUCUGUCGGCGCUCUGCAUCUCGUACCUGUGCAUCUCUGUCAAACUGCGGAACUGUGUUGUACCGGGCCACCGCACCCAGAGCCAGGCGGAGGCUCAGCGCAUGCGCAAACGCAAAACCUUCCGGCUGGUGAGCCUGGUGGUGGCGGCCUUCGGCGUCUGCUGGAUGCCAAUCAGUGUGUUCAACGUGCUGCGGGACAUUGACAUCGACCUGAUUGAUAAGCCGUACUUUCUGCUCAUCCAGCUGCUCUGUCACCUGUGUGCGAUGAGCUCGUCCUGCUGUAACCCUUUCAUCUACGCCUGGCUGCAUGACCGCUUCCGCUCUGAGCUCCGCAAGAUGUUCACAUGCCGCCGACGCAUCGGCCUCUCAGCCAAUAACUGCGCCACAGCCAGUGUGGUUUUGUGAGGCUCCGGUGUUUUAAAGGCUACUGUUG